UUUCAGUAACAACUGUCAUAACACAGACCUAUAUUACAUAUGUUCAGAAACAAGAACACCAAGCAAGUCGCUAACAGUUGCACCAGGACAUAGAAAAAGUCUUUCUGGCUCCGGCCUGGAAAAUCUUACUCCUAACAGACAGAUGUUAUGCUUAUCACGACAAGAAGGUAUAAACAAUAUUUACGACGUUUCACGUUUUAAUAGCAAACUGCCAGAACUCUGUAGUACAAAGAUAAGUUUAGUUCCCUCAUGUUAGUAACACUGGAUCAAUACGAGGUGGCCCUUACUGGAUCUCUAGAGAGAACAGUUUAGGACUAAUAGACUAUCCAGUAUAAAUAAAGUUAGUUUGGCUUAGGUUUCCUCUUGUAGUAACCCUGGAUCAAUAAGAGAUUAUCCUUACUGGAUCUCUAGAGGGAACAGUUUAGAACUAAUAGAAUUAUCCAGUAUUUAUAAAGUUAGUUGAGUGCAGAUUUCCUCGUGUAGUAAUACUGGAUCAAUGCGAGGUGGCCCACUGGCCCUUACUGCGCCUCUGGGGAAAACAGUUUAGAACUGACAGAACCAUUCAGCGUUUAAAUAAAGUUUUUUUCAGGAGGCGUUUGGGUUCCUCCUGCAGUAACACUGGUGCCUGCCACUACUCUGCUACUGUACGUGCAUGAGUACUUCUAGUUCAGAGAGAACAGUUUAGAACUAAAGGAGCUAUCCAAUAGAAAUAAAAGUAGUUUAGUAACUUGGCUCUCAAGUCUUAAUAUAUCGAUCAGUGAACCUUCUGACAAAAUGUUCGAUGAAUUUGGGUCGGAUAUAUGUAUUGUGAUGUCCGAUGACUUUGAGUUCAGUUUGACUUUGAAAUAAGAAUAAGACCCAAAUUAAUGUCAGCACAAUUUGGAAAAGUCAUUUGAAUCUUGACAAUGAAUUUCCGAACCCCACGGUGAAAACCCUGCACUUGAUUACACAUUUCCAGUUAACGUUUUAACAUAAGGACUAGGGUACAUUUUGUCAUUUUGAUUUACUUUGGACAAAGGUACAGUUGGGUCGGACACCAAUUCACUCAGGUUAGACGAACAAUACACCUCAAUUUCACUUAGUUGGGAUAAUUUCACGAAUGGUCGAGCGAUAUUUUAAGGCCUGGAUUCUUACAUUUCUCAUUUUGUUUUUUAGGGAAAGCAUACAAGGAAACAAAACAUGCUCUGCAUUCAUCGAUUCCAUCGAAUCUUCUCUGCCGAGAAAUUGAAACAAAACAGAUUGAGACAUUCCUAAAGGCUCACCUUCUUCGUCGGAAGGCUGGCAGUCUGUACAUCUCGGGAGCUCCGGGCACGGGAAAAACCGCUUGUCUGACGCACAUACUAGAAACUUUACAGGUAUUGAAAUUUUACAGGUGUUGAAACAAUCACUAUUUCAUACCAGAAAAUUCACAGGUAUUGAAACAGUCACUAUGGCUACAGACCUUGCCUAGAAGCGUGGCGUAUACAUAUGAGUAAUCAUGCUUUGAAUAGGGAUGACGGUACCUACAGGCUACAGUAUUUGCCAGAGGAGUACAUGCAUCUUGUUGGAAGAUGUCAUCAAUUGGGUAUAUAAGAAGCCACAUUGCAACUUGAGGUCACCCCUGAUGAAGACACUAGACUGGAAUGUCAAAACAUUGUGUCUUGAUUACAAUUUGACUGGACUUUAUAUUCAUUUACAUAAACCAGAGUAGCAAGCGAAAACAUGGUUGAUAUACCAUGGUUGAUAUACCGUAAAAAGGUUUAAUCUGUUCUGCCUUUACCUCGUAGUUCAGUUGGUAGAGUAUUGGACUAGCAAACUAAAGGUUACGAGAUCGAUUCCAAACGCGGUCAAGCAACGAUUUCAGCUUGCCCGGGGGACACACACUCGGAGACGACAUUGACAAACGUUGUAAAUAUGUUCAAAAACUCCUAUAAAACUACGAAUGUGGACCUCACAUGUCUGACCUCACAAUUAAAAAAAAAGAAACUUAAAUUUAUAAAUACUAAACUUUAAUGUGGGUUAUACAAAAAACGGUCUAUUUAGAAAGAUUGAAUACAAUAAUACUAGGUUGAAUAUAAUAAUAUACGUCCUUUAACGAUGUAUUUUUUCUCUCAAUUCAGAAAGACGGAGUCGAAUGCCAUGUCCAGUUUAUUAAUUGUAUGACCCUAAGCGCAUCGCAUCGUAUAUACUCCAAAAUUGCUGAAGAAUUAAUGGGCUGGGAUAAACUGACCAACAAUGAAGCUCAGAAAUUUUUAGAAAAGAAAUUUACGACCAAAGGAUCACCAAUGUGAGUAGCAGUUUUUCAAGUGAUAUUCGCUUGGUUUUCUAUAGUCAACGCCACCAUCAUCAAUAUCACCAUCAUCACUACCAAUAUAUCAUUACCACUCAUCAUCAUCACCAUCAUAAUCAUCAAAUCAACACUAUAAUCUUCAUCACUAUCAUAAUCAUCACUAUAAUCAUCAUCACUAUAAUCACUAUCAUUAUCAUCACUAUCAUUAUCAUCACUAUCAUUAUCAUCACUAUCAUCAUUAACACUAUAAUCAUCAUCACUGUCAUCAUCAUUAUCAUCAUCAUCACUAAUCAUCAUCACUAUCGUAAUCAUUACUAUAAUCAUCAUCACUAUAAUCACUAUCGUCAUUAUCACUAUCAUCAUUAUCACUAUCAUCACCAUAUUCAUCAUCACCAUAUUCAUCAUCACUUUAUUCAUCAUCAUAAUCAUUGACACUAUAAUCAUCAUCACUAUCAUCAUCACUGUAAUCAUCAUCACUAUCGUAAUCAUCACUAUCAUCAUCAUAACUAUCAUCACGAAUGUACAUCUUAUUCACAGGGUCCUGGUCUUGGAUGAAAUUGAUCAACUUGAAAGCAAAAAUCAAGGUGUCCUUUACACAAUGUUCGAAUGGCCUUCGCUUCCUUCAUCUCGAUUAAUUCUUAUUGGUACGUCCAGUAUUAUCAAAUAUGAUCUUGGGGUUUUCUUCGCAUCUGGUUUGCAGCCAUGGUGUCAAAACUGGUCGUCCAAAAAGUGGUCGUGAUAAAAAAAAAACAUGGCGCUUGAAAUCAGUUGUCAUAUGCUCAUAAUUCAGUGUUUUUUCGACAAAUCGAAUCGUAUCUGCAAAACAGCAGUUGACAACUUUUGAAGUAUUUAAAAAAAAAACAUCGCAAAGAUUACGAGUUACUAUUUAAAGAGAACAUUUUCUAGGCCAUCUAAAUUCAAAAGUGGCCAUUCAUAGGACGAUUGGACGGCCAUCUGCUAAAUGCCUGCCCCGCAUAUUCUGGCUAUUCUGCAGUAACAGACAAAUUGGGGGGUGGUCCUCACUGGACUUUAGAGAGAAAUGUUAGAGGUAUCCUCGUGCUAUAAACGAAAGGUGUAACAAUAUGUUUUGAUCAUUUUAGGAAUCGCCAAUGCCUUGGAUUUGACUGACAGAGUACUACCAAGACUGCAAUUGAGACCAGAAUGUAAGUUGAUUUUUUGAAGUGUUGUUCACAUCAUAACUAUACCCCCCCAAAAGCUCAGAGUCCACAAACAUACAAAAGCUUGUUUUUAAAUUUGUAUAUCUUUGCUAAUUUUCCAGGUAAACCGAAGUUGCUGCAUUUUUCACCGUACUCCAAAGACCAAAUUGUUAAGAUUCUUACGGCAAGAUUGAGCGAGGUAUGUUACACGACAUGUUUACCUGGACUCUUGCUUAAACCUGGCAUAGAUGACUAGUCAACACUAAAAAUAAGGCUAAAAUAGUCAAAUUUAAAAGUUAUUUUGAGUCGCACACCAGUCUGAGUAUGACUUCGGAGUCUAUUCACGUCUUCAGGCAGUGGAGAAGAUAUCCAUGAUUUGGUUGGAAAAUGUUUGAUGUCCACAGGGGCGUGGCUAGAGGGUUGUGUGUGGGGUAUGUGUAACACCAUUCAUCACGGACUCGGCAAAUGUUUGCUAGACUCGGCAAAUUGGUUUCGGAUUUAUCGGCAAUUUGUUUUCGUAGUCUGCGAAAAUUUUUGAGUGGUUCGGGAUAAAGCGUAAUAGUUAUAGCAAACAUUUCCCUAAAUUUACGAAAAUUACGGGAAAAAGUUAAGAAAUUACGAUACAUUAAUUAAUGGAAGUUUUUGAAAAAUGAUAUGUCCGGGAAAAUUUUGGACCUUCCUCCUUCCUCCUUCCCCUGGAUGCCCGACAAUUAUUUCCGGCUCUGAAACACAAUACAUUUUCGAAAGGUUUGCCAUGCCUCUACAGGCAUGUAUCGAAAUUAUAACCAGGUAACUAAAACCAUUCAUUGCCGUGAAUACUUCCAAAAAGACAGCAUUUUGUACUACUAAAUAGUAACGACCUGCUAUUGUUUCGUGUAGGUCGAAGGCUCCAGUGUCGUGGAUAUAAGCGCAGUUCAGUUCUGUGCUCGUAAGAUCGCCGCAGUAUCGGGUGACAUGCGCAAAGCUCUCGAUAUCUGCCGGAGAGCCGUUGAAGUCGUCGAGACGGAUGCGAAAAGACAACAGGUCUUAAAACCUAUCGAUCCCAGUAAGUAGUUUUAUUAUUAAUUUUAAAUUCAUGGUUUCUGAUUGGCUGGCUAACAGCCAACUGUGAAAUCGUCAUCUCAUCUCAGUAGCUGACCAAGUUUGCAGUUUUGGUUAUCGUUCCAGGGUGAGGUUUAAGGUUAGUGUUAGAGUGUAUAUAUGUAUAUUUCAGAACCAUCCUCGGAGAUACGAAAAACUAGUUUCAUAUUAAUCUGACACUGCAAUCGAGCAACGAAAAAUUCGUUGGCUCGAGCGGGAUUUGAACUCCCAUCAUCGGGUAUCUAGACCGCCGCUCUAUACCUAUUGAGCUAUCGAGUCAACAGGGAUUGGUAGCGAGUCUUAUCCAAUUUAAGUGCACGAAAUAUUUUCGUGAUAUAUACGGAGGUAUCCAGUUGACUUUUCAGUACCCUAUAAUAUCCAUUACAUAACGUUUACUAUAUUGGUGCGCCAAACAUGGGUACAUCCUCGGGUAGAAGAAUUUGCAUCACAGACUACGUCAUCAGUUAGUUAUAGCGAUUAGUUUUGAGGUUAGGGUAAGGGUUAGGGUUAGGGUGAGGGUUAGGGUAAGGAUUAGGCUUAGAGAUAGGGAUUUGGUUAUAUCUGACGCCACAAACAACACAACUAGCCGAUCACGUGAUCACUUCUCCUCUACCCGAGGAACUACCCCGAAACAUGGAACGCCCGCAGUUUUGACAUAAUAUUCAACCGGGUGACGUCAUAACGUUGAUAUGAAAGAUUUUCUGCAAAUUGGCACCGAAAUUACUUUAUUAUUCAGUCGAAUAGCACUCAUUUCUCUUCCAUUAUUGACCAUUCUGCCACAAUCUGUGUUCAGGUCUCUCGCCAAAGAAAUCUGGAGUGAAGAAAGUAACGAUCGCACAUGUUUCUAAAGUGAUAUCAGAGGUGUACGGUUCUCGCAUUGUGAACUCCUGUGGCGGAGAGCAACCCACCAUACCUCUACAACAGAAACUCUUGAUCUGUACCAUAUUACUGAUGCAGAAAGAAAGUAAACUACGCGAGAUUCCAGUUGGACAGGUAAGCAUUUACUAAGCAAACCAUUUGAGAUUCAGGCUCUAUGACGUUCAAUAUUGUUCAAUAUCAUGUUCAAAAAGACCAUGUGGGAUAAAGCCUUCAUAUCGUCAAACCCGCUUGACCAAGAUCCCACAUGUAAAAACGCACAAGUUGUAGCAAACCUGCAGCAGACUUGUAGCAGUGCUGUUCCAAACAACUUGUCAACUGGGUGUGUUCGCAUUGCUUGUUCCCAGCUUGUUGACAAGUUGUCAGCGACUUGUUGACAACUUGCUACAAGGUUGUUGAACUCAACAGACUUGUUACAAGUUGUUCCGAUAACUUGUUAUCGUCCUGCAAUUCAACAAGUUGUGAGUGGCAACCGUGUAACAACGUGAUAAAGUAACGGCAUUGUCACAACUUGUUGACAACCUUGCUAUAAGCCUGUUGCGAACACAUCUUGUUGACAAGUUGUUACUCAGAUCUGGGAACAAGUUGUGUUCGCACUGCUUGUUCCCAGUUGUUGUAACAAGUUGUAACAAGCUUGAUGGCAUUAUCAGACUUGUUACAAGGUUGUUCUAACAAGUCUGAUACAGUCGUGAUAUAACAAGAACGUUACAAGCUUGAUUUGUGGUUCAACGAAAUCGCAAAAAUUUUGUUAGAGAUCCUGUUAAGUCGAAAUGCCGUAGCCACGUCAGUAAAGUUUAAUUGUAUUGAAAUUAACACGCACCAAGUAAAGAAAUGCCCUCUCCCUUCCCUCCUUGUGUCAAAUGUCUGUCACAUCACAAAUAAGGUGACUGAACUAUCUGCUGUUAUCUCCAAUAACAAAUCAACAAUAAAUUUGAUAGUAGAAUCAUGGUUAACAGACGACGUUCCCAAUAGCUUUAUAAAUAUUGGCGACAACUAUCUUAUUUUUCGUCUUGAUCGACCAACACCCGGGGGUGGAGUUUUAGCGUACAUCGAUAAAUCGGUACCAGUAUCUCGUCUGCCAAAUCUUGAAGAAGCUGGAAAAGAGGUACUUUGGCUGCUCCUUAAACCCCACCGCUCACCGAGACCCUUUAGUGCUAUCAUUGUGGUCACCGUUUAUUAUCCACCGGGGCAGUCUGUUGAGAAAGAACAUGAAAUGAUAAGCUCCUCACAGAUGGUCUGGACAAGGUCCUUCAUUCUCGUCCUUCGACAGGAAUAAUUAUCGCUGGGGAUUUUAACAAAUUGAAUUUAAGACGCCUAUGUAACCGCUUUAACCUAAAAAAAAUGGUCUCGACCCCCACAAGAGGUAAUAACAUCCUAGACCAGAUUUUGACCAACAUGGCUGACCUCUAUUUACCUGCCAAACAUCUACCUCCCUUGGGUCGUUCUGACCACCAAUGUUUGCUGUUAUCCCCCCAAAAUGUCAACAAACUUCCCCCUACUUCCAAAAAAGUUAGACUACAUAAACCCGAAAGCAAACAAACAUUGAGUAGAACUGUUGCCCUCCAAAACUGGGACAAUGUUUUAAUGGCAACAGAUGUGGAUGAUAAAGUCGAAGCAUUUAAUAGAACGAUACUCUCUUUGCUAGACAAGGCUAUGCCAGAAGUGACAAUCCGAAUGCAUACAUCAGAUAAACCUUGGAUUACCCCAAAAAUAAAGGCACAGAUUAAAGCUAGGCAAAAGGCUUACUGCCGUGGUGAUAAACCCAAGUACGACCAAUUAUGUAAAAAGGUCUCAAAGUUAAUUCGGAAUGCAAAACAAUCUUUUUAUCAUACCGAAGGGAGAGAUCUUCUCCAAAAAGAUCCUGCAAAAUGGUAUAAAACUGUCUAUACUCUUUUGGGUGCUGAAACGAAUCAUAACUCUUUACAAACUCCAUCUAAUGAAGAUCUGUCAAAGGUUGCUGAAAACCUACAAACUGCUUUUACAAACCCAUGGAAAGAUAUCAAUGUUGACCUCCCGGACAUAAAUGAAGUUAAUCACUUACUUAAGGAUACGUCACCACCCGCUACCUUCCUUAGGGCAAGUACGUUCCUGCCUAAAGCACCUUAACCCAAAGAAAGCAACAGGGAUAGAUAAAAUCCCUGCCUGGUUUUUAAAGCACUACUGUGAUGAUCUUACGCCAGCGAUACAUAGUAUCAUAACAGGCAGCAUUACCCAAUCCAAGUAUCCUACUGUGUACAAGCAUGCAAUUGUAACUCCGGUACCAAAGAUACAUCAACCCAAAGAUAUGAACAACGAUUUCAGGCAAAUUUCUGUGCUUCCUCAUCUAGCUAAAAUGAUAGAGAAAAUCCAGUUGGAACUCAACUCUCAUGAUUUGGCAAUAAAGGACAACCAACAUGCUUUCGUUAAAAAUCGAUCUACUGUUUCAGCCCUGAUCUCGAUGACCCAGAAGUGGUUUGAUGUAACAGAUAACUCCAAUAUUGGAAGAAAAGGGGUCCAUACUACGUUUUUGGACUUCAAAAAAGCUUUCGACCUUGUCGACCAUAGAAUUCUAUUAAUAAAAUUAGCGGAAAUGAAUGUAUCGAAGGCCUUCUGGUCGUGGGUGAAGUGUUUCCUUACAGAGCGGACUCAACAUGUGAAUUUACAUGGUGUUAUAUCCUCAAGCGCCCCCUGUCCAGCUGGAGUCCCGCAAGGCUCCGUUAUUUCCCAACACUGUUCAAUAUUCAUAUUAAUGAUUUGGAAAACACGUUAACAAACAACUUUACAAACACGCACAAGUAUGCAGACGACUGCACUCUUGAUGAGGUCGUUGCAAACGGAGCCCUUUCAAAUAUGCAGGAAUCGACUAAUCAAGUGAUGAAUUGGGCCAAUGAUAAUAAAAUGGUGGUGAAUCCCAAAAAAACUAAGGACAUGUGGAUCAGUUUUUCCCAAUCCUCUCCUGAACCCCCACCUAUACAAACGGAUGGAAUUGAAAUAGAAAGAGUAAACUCCUUCAAACUUCUCGGUGUAUGGGUGCAAAAUGAUUUAAAGUGGAAUACCCAUGUUUGUAAAAUAACAAAAAGAGCAAAUAAGCUAUUAUUCCUUCUCAGAGAGUGUAGGAAAUCCUUCCUACCACCCGAGAUUGGUUUAUUAACAUAUACGUCGAAGAUCCGGCCAAUACUUGAAUACGCCUCUCCAGUCUGGGGUGGAAUCCCUAAAUAUCUUGAAGUAGAAAUUGAACGUGUUCAACAAAGAAGCUUGAGAAUCCUAGGAUUGGAGAAAGAUACCCUCCCUACACUAAAAGAAAGAAGGGACAAGGCAACAUGCAACGAGCUGAAAAGGAUUGUGGAAGUCCCAAACAACCCAUGUAAUCGUUUCCUAUCUGGUAAUAAGAAUCACACUUACGAACUGAGAAGGACCAGAGACAGCACUCCAAGACAGCUCUCAAAAACACACAGGCAUAGUACGUCUUUUAUCCCAAGGACGUGUAGAUUAACCAACUCAUGAAAUUAGAUCAUUGUACAUAUGUAUAUAAAACCUUUUAAACUUUCUAAGUCUUACACUCUCAUAGGUUAUAUAUGUAUUUUAGUAUAAUAUUUUUAACUUGUAAAUCCAUUGUAUUUCUAUAUGCCAAAGAUGGAUAUCUAAUAAUAAAAAUUAAAAAUAAAAAUUUAAAAAAUUAAAAAUUAAAAUUAAACAAAUUUAUAACAAUAUUGUUAUAUCAUGACUGUAUCGGACUUAUUGGAACAACCUUGCAACCUGACAAUAUCAACAAGGUUGUUACAAGUUGUUAACAGUUUGUUCCAAACUAAUUGACAACUUGGGACAAGCAGUGCGAAUACAACUUAUUGACGAUUUGUUAGCAGACUUGCUACGAGAUGUGAGAUCUUUACGUGUGUACUGUAGCUGGGCUCGUAUAUGAACGGGCCCUGGAAAUCGAGGGAUCACAUCCACAGUAAUCCACUAACCAAACUAGUAGAAACUUCUAUAGUAUAUAGUAAAACCUCUGGCUGUUUUUUAUUGCAGCUUCAUGAAACGUACUGCAGUAUCUGUAAGAAACGUCAAGUUUCUCAAAUCAGCCAGGAAGAUUGUUUAUCUUUGUGUAAUUUACUCGAGACCAGAGGAAUUAUAUCUAUGAAAAGAGCGAAGGAAACACGAAUGGCUAAGGUAAGAAAAUGUACACAUUGCUUUCUUUGGUUUCUGAGGAAUGAUAUAAAUAUAGAGAUCUAGCUGCGGUUCGCUUCCGCUUUGGGACAUUCAGAAAUGAAUAUUUCGGCAAGUUGUUUGACUUCAUUCUAACAUACCAUAAGUUACUAAGAAAUUCAGUGUGAUAAUUCGCGUACUUACGUAUACUGGAGGCACGCCAAUAUUGCGGUCUGGUAAUUAUUUAUUUUCAGCCAAGUACUACCUAGGUACUGCAUAAUUGUGCUGGUACCACAUGCAUGACCACCAAACUUUCUAAGGCACGUUUUAUAACGUCGAAUUUUGAUCGCGUCAAAUGCAAUUAAGACAAUAGAUAAUGAGAUUAUUCAAAAUACUUGCGAUAGAUGAACCAGGCGGAAAUCGUAAUCUUAGGAUAAAUAUUAAUGCCCAGCAUAAAACACGUAAAAGAGCCAUAACAAAAAUAUAAUUUAAAAUAUUUAUUUUAAAUUAUAACUCCUCUAAAGGCAGUAAAAGCAGCAAUCCGACCAUGUCUAGUAUCCUUUCCCAUCUUGAUAGCACUGGUCACUCCGCCUCUCUUAAUGAUUUUAAGAUUAUUUCUUGUUGCUCUUCUCCAGACGAACUCCUCAUUCGAGAAAGUCUUCUCAUUAACAAACUCAAACCCUCUCUCAACUUACAGGGCAGCUCGGUCCCUCUACUUCUACUCUGAUUCAUUCCUCUUUCUACUUUUGUAAUAUAAUAUCUUGUAAAUAGUUGUAAUUUAUUCAUAUUUCCGUGUUUUCCGCUUAGUAUGUCCAUAAGACGAAACGUUAGCUUUCAAAUAAAUAUUUUAAAUUAUAAUUUUGUUAUGGCUCUUUACGUGUUUUAUGCUGGGCAUUAAUAUUUAUCCUAAGAUAAUGAGAUGAUAAACUUCAUUAAGCUUCAUUAUCUAUAUUGUUUGAAUUGCAUUCGAUGCGACCGAUUAAGGUAUUCAAAAUCAAGUUUAAGUAGUAUGUUGGAGUGUAUGUCUGUGUAUGCAAUUAUACUCCUCCAUGUUCGAACUAAUUUGGCUUGCAGGUUAUUGAACGAAUACCUUGUAGAAAUACAUAUAAUAUUAUGCCUUCAACAAUUAGUGAGUUAUAUCCUGACUUUUAGAAAACUGUCCUUUAUCUUAAAAGACUAAGUACACCUGGAGACAUAAGUGGCAAUUUUGCAUUGAACGGCAAGACUAGUUUUCAUUAUAUAAAAAAAUCCAUUUGGAUAAAAUCCUAAUCCCAACCAAAGCCUAAACCUUAUGACGUCAUGUCUGCACAGUGUUAUGUGGAAAGUCGCCUUAAUCACAGAUUAAAUGCUCUUAAUCUCUGCCAUGGCUCUUGCUACUUGCUAAACAAUAGACAAUCGAUUCAAAAUUUGAUGUUAGCACUCUAAAUACCAUAAAUGAUAAGAGCGGAUCAAAGGCAAUAAAUGCAAAAAAUUCUGAGGCUUGCUUCCUUGCAAUACACACGCAAACAAAUCUCAUCUUGUAGCAAUUUUGCCAACAAGCUGUCAACAAGUUGUGUUCGUACUAUUUGUCCCAAGUUGUCAACAAGUUUGAAACGAUCUGUUAACAACUUGUAACAACCUUGUUGAUAUUAGCGGACUUGUUGCAAGAUUGUUCCAACAAGUCCGAUGCAGUCGUGAUAUAACAAUAUUGUUGCAACCUAGCUUGUGUCGUCAACCUUGUAACAUUCUUGUCAUAUCAUGACUGUAUCAGACUUGUUAGAACAACCUUGUAACAAAUCUGAUAAUGCCAUCAAGCUUGUUGCAACUUGUGUUAACAGCUUGUUCCAAACUUGUUACAACAACUGGGAACAAGCAUAAAGUGCGAACACAACUUGUCGUAUAGUUUCCAACAAAUAUUUACAUACUGCAUUUUCAACUUUUGCCAGGUUUCAUUAAAGAUAGACGAACGAGAAGUCGAUCAUGCUUUACAAGACAAAAUUUUAAUGACGAGCAUCCUGCAAGGAGGUUUGUCACCUCAUGACCGAUGAUGGAAUGAACAGUUAGGCUUUUAAACGUGUACGAUAUAUUUUAAAUCAAUUUAUUAGAGAUCUAAAUUAUUUUAUAUUUGCUAAUCACUAUCACUUUUUAAAAUAUUUUUGUUUUAAAAAGUCGAGCUUUAUCAUGUUUAAACUUUUUUUGCACGAUAAAAUCGUGAAAUAUAAACUAUUGUGUAAGUUAUUUUUAUGUAAUAUAGAACUUGAAUAAGUUGUAAAUAUUUUAACAGAUCCGCGUACAACGAACUUUUUUACAGGUUGUAUAGCUUGUAGAGGAUAUACAAGCCUACAUAUGAUUUUCUUACUGAAUAAAGUUUAAUAAUUCAAACCAAUUACAGGGCUGAAAAAUAUAGUGGGCCAUGGGACCAUUGUCCCAGAAAAUGUUUCAGGUUGGC